GGGCCUGGAUUUUGACGGGGGGUCUCAGAGAGGGCAUUUCCCGCUGUGUGGGUGAGGCUGUACGAGACCAUGGCACAGCAGCUACAGCUUUGUCCCAGAAAAAAGUCAUAGCUGUUGGAGUGGCACCCUGGGGUAUGGUCCACAACAGACAGCAGCUGGUUAACGCUCAGGGGAGUUUUCCUGCUCGUUACUAUGCCCAGAACUCAUCACAUGACUCAUGCUGCUUGGACAACAACUAUCAAGCUUUCCUCCUGGUGGACAAUGGAAGUGUUGGUCAGCGGGAGGGGGAGACAGCUUUUCGUUCUAAUCUGGAGGACUACAUUUCCCGUCAGCGCACAGGCAUUUGGGAUAGUGGCCGUGAAAUCCCAGUCCUUUGCAUGCUCAUCUCAGGAGAUGCCCACAUGCUGGAGAGAUUAGACAUGUCUUUGAAGAGAUCRAUACCCUGGCUGGUUCUUGCUGGUUCUGGUCCAGCUGCUGAUUUCAUCAGUGACCUGCUGGACAAUCUGUCAGCUGGGGGGCUCUGUCACACCUCUUCAGCAGCAGAGGGGGAGGCCACGGAGGGUUUCAACCCCGAGUUCUGUGACAAGGUCCGAGAGAAGGUCCGAAGAUACUUCCCAAAUGAAWCUAAGUUGGAGAAACUGAUGGACAGUGCUUUGAGUAUUUGUCAGAACAGGGAGCUGAUUACUGUUUUCAAUGGCGAACAGGAGGGWUCUGAGGAUUUUGACAUGGUUCUCCUGAAAGCCCUCGUAAGAGCUGGUAAACAUGAGACCAACGAAGCCAGUGAGUUUCUUGAUGAAUUAAACCUGGCCGUGGCCUGGAACCGAGUGGACAUUGCUAAAUCUGAACUUUUCAAYGGAGACAUACAUUGGAGAUACAAGGACCUUGAGGAGUCCAUGACUGAUGCUCUGAUUAAUAACAAGCCCCAGUUUGUGCGUCUCUUUUGUGAAAAUGGUCUCAAUAUUCUGGAUUAUUUGACCUAUGGGCGCCUGGAGAGCUUGUACAGCUCGCUGUCAGAUAGCUCUUUGGCUUACAUCCUUCUUCAGAGACAUCUGAGUGAAAGGCAUGGUGUGGCAGGGUCCCAGUCCUCUGUGAAUGGGUCCACAGUGCAUGUGAAGAAUUCUCAGGGUGUACCAAGUAAACCUGUUUCAAUGAAAGGCCUCAGCCUGUAUGAGAAAGUGACAACGUUGCUGCAGGGAGAAUGUAUGUACCGGGACCAACCCUGCAGCAGACCCUGGGCAGCCCUCUUCAUCUGGGCUGUCUUACAGAACCGCAAGGAGAUGGCUAUUUACUUCUGGGAGAUGGCAGGGGAAUCUGUACUGAGUGCUCUUGCUGGCUGUAAGAUAUUAAGAGAGCUUUCGAAGCAUGAGAAUGAUACUGAGAGCAAGCUGUCAAUGAAAGAACUGGCCCAGAAGUUUGAAAACCUGGCACAUGAUGUGUUCAGUGUGUGUUACCGGAGCAGUGAGAGUCGCUCCUUCACCCUCCUCAUUAGGAAGUCUUCUGUUUGGGGUGGAGCUACAUGUUUGCAGAUGGCCAUAGAAGCUGACGCCCGCCUCUUCUUCAGCCAUGACGGAGUUCAGUUUCUGCUGACUCAGAUCUGGUGGGGUGAUAUGGCGAGGAGUACAGAUGUCUGGAAGCUGAUUCUCACCUUCUUCAUACCCCCUCUCAUCUACACAAACCUUAUCCAUUUCAGGGAACCAGAGCAGGUAAAUCCUUUGGCAAUCCACAACAGCAAAAACGAUGACAAUGACAAUGAUAGCRUCAACGGAAAUGAUGCUACGGCCUUCUCACUCUCUGAAAUACCAAAUGAGGAAGAUCUAGAAGAAUUAAGAUCGCUGAAGGAAAACGUACGGGCUCCAUUACCAAAAAAAUCUAAGAGACCCUUUAUUGUGUCAAGAUGGAGACAGUUCUGGUAUGCACCUGUCACCUCGUUCCUGGGGAAUGUACUGAUGUACUUCCUCUUCCUUUGCCUGUUUGCCUACGUUCUGUUGGUGGACUUCAAGCCCCCGCCUCCUGACGGCCCAUCCUGGCUGGAAGCUGUGCUUUACUUUUGGGUUUUCACCUUAGUAUGUGAAGAGAUUCGACAGUCACAGACCUUCUUUGUGAGCAGCUCAUUUGUACUACAAGGAAUGAAAAACUACAUUGAAGAUGUCUGGAACAAAUGUGAUCUCACGGCUAUUCUUCUCUUCCUUUUGGCUCUAUGCUGCAGAAUGUUUCCCUGGUCAUAUCAGUUUGGGCGAGCGGUUAUGGCCAUUGAUUACAUGGUCUUCACUCUACGUCUUAUCCACAUCUUUGCUGUCCACAAACAGCUUGGACCCAAAAUCAUCAUAGUUGGAAAAAUGAUGAAAGAUGUCUUCUUCUUUCUUUUCUUCCUUGGUAUUUGGCUUCUGGCUUAUGGAGUUGCCAAUCAAACACUUCUUUUCUCCUACGAUCCUCGACCUAAUUGGAUAUUCCGCAGAGUUUUCUACAGACCCUUUCUACACAUUUUUGGACAAAUACCYAUUGAUGAAAUGGAUUCUACACCUUCUCCAAAGUACAAGGUCAGAGUGACACCUACUGGAAGUUUCAGCGCUACAACCUGAUUGUGGAGUACCACUCCAGGCCCUGCUUGGCACCACCCUUCAUCAUCUUCUCCCACAUCCAUAUUUUCAUCAAGAGACACAUCCGCCGCAUUCCUUCUGUUAAAAGUCGGCACUUUGUYCUGAAGCUGCGAGGCAGAGACGCUAGCUGGAUUGACACAUGGGAGGCCAUCCAGAAAGAAAACCUCCUCUCAGCUCAUAAUAAACGGCAGAGGGAGAGCGAUUCGGCACGACUUCAACGUACAUCUGUUAAGGUGGACAGUGUUCUGAAGCAGAUGGCAGARAUCCGAGACCACGAGAGAAGGUUGCAGCUGCUAGAAACACAGCUGGACUUCUGCUGCAGCGCCCUCUCCUGGAUGACUGAAGCUCUGUCUCAGAGUAACCUGGUUCAAACCAAGAAGCCGGCUCCAUCACUCAAAGAAACUACUGCAGUGUCUCCAAGCUGACUCACUAUAUUUGAAGAUGAAGUUCACCACCACUGAGAGUGACUUCAACCUUGGACAUUUUUAACCUGCAGAUCUCAACUGACAAUAAUUACCAUUUAAAUUACCCUAAACCAUGUCCAUUUUCACAUCUAAAACUAGCGUAGUUUUUGAAGAAAACAACUUUUCUUAAAAAUAUUGUUAAAAUUUUGUCUCUCGUCAUGAAAAGAGAUGAGACAUGUCUUUACAUCCCUAGAGAAAAAUUAAGCUGGUCGAUAUGUGCAUUUGUUUAUAUACAUAUUUUACAUCUUGUCGUCAUUUAUUUUGUUUUGCACUAUAUAUUGUUUAGGGUGAAUUAUUUUAUUUUAUUUUUACAUUUAUUCUUAUGCCAUGCAUUACUGCUGCACUCAGCCUGCCACACCUACCCUCACCUGUUCCCACUCAGCAAUCAACCUGGGUCUGUCUGCCAUAUUGUGGGUGUCCCAGUGUCUCCUCAUGGCUCCUUGUGCUGCUUUGGAUUGUGUGUGCUUGUUUUGACUGCCUCAUCGGUCCAACUAUUGUGAAAUGCACCAAAGCUCCGGAGGGUGUGGCUGAGUGGUUAGACCAAUGCUGUCUCACUCUGAACAUGAACAAAAUGAAAAGUGUGUUUGUCUCUAAAACUAAACUACACACUUCAAAURCAAAUAUUUACAUUAAGGAGUAAUUAAUACUAUAUGACUGAAUUUAAAUAACUUGGAGUUUUAUUGGAUCUAAAUCUUAAUUACAUUCUUAAAAAAAUUGUAAAAAAAAAACAACACAUUUGUUUUCUGUUAGCAUCAAGGAAACACAUCUUGGGUUGUUUUCCACACCUUAUGUGUUGUUAAAUGUGUCAAAUUGAACACAAAAGUGCUGGGUUGGGACUCAUUUUGUGUUGAUGCUGGCACAUCUGUUUUAAGAGUGUACAAGAAAUGCAUCAAAAAAUGUCACAAACUGUUAAAUAUAUCUGUCACGUUUUAGCGUAUCAAACCCACCGUGUCAAUGGAACCAUCCAAAAUACGAAUGCAUGCAGUCAUUUUUUGUACACAUUUUAUACUUUCUUACAUGUUGGGGACAAGCCAACAGUAAAACAUUUAGAAUCUUUAUACAAACAGGCCCUUUAAUUCAUUGACACAAAGACCUGUCAACAUCACCGCUGUGAGAUUAUGUAGAAACUAAAGAUUCAUACAUUUAAGAAUUUUGGAAUAUUCUUUAUCUCAUUCUUUCAUAUGUAAAUAUAAAUAUACAUUCACACAUGUAUGUAUGGAGAGAGAGCGUGUAAAAUUUCAAAUAAUUUAGGACCAAAUAUCUAUCUAUUAAAAACCAAUAUCUAUGCAAAACUGUAGAACUCAUCRAGCAGCUUUUUCUGUUAAAGCCAUCGCUCAAUAAAAUGCUGCUCCUGAUCCAGUAAAUACGGCAGCAGAAUGGGGCCAUUUUCCGCUUGUAAUUAUUUUCCAUGGUUGUCUUGUUACGUCGUUAUCCUGAAAUAACGUAGGGUGUUUUCUUGAGAUAACGAGUUAUGGUUUUCUUGUGCAUCAUUCAGUAAUCAUGGAGACGGCCCGAUCCCCUCAGCUGGUGACCGACAAAGUUGAUUAUAUCAUCAAGAUCACUGUGUAAACACCUGCUGAUCUCCAGUCGGGCCAGCUGUCUCCUUAAAUGACGAUGGUUGAUAUGAAAGUUAUCUGUAGACAAAGAAAUCACAAUUUCUGCCUGUUUAAUACAAAAAAUGACACAAAAUUAUGAACAAAUAAUAAGGCUGCAUUCAGGGCAAAGUCACCCUUGCAAAAGAGAUCUACGAUCUCAAUGGUAUUUGCCUGGUUAUGGUGAAUGAAUGAAUGAAUGAAUGAAUGAAUGAAUGAAUGAAUGAAUGAAUGAAUGAAUGAAUGAAUGAAAGGGGGACCAGGCCAUCUCCAUGGUUACUGAAUGAGACACGAGGAAAACCAUCUGGAAAUUACCUUGUCAUCUCGGGAAAAUGGUCAUCGUUAUCUCAUGAUAACGACACAAUUAACUCGUCAUCACGACAUAAAGAAAUAUGUCGUCAUCUCAAGAAAACCAUGGGGGAAAAUUACUUGCGGAAAAUGGCCGCUCUCGGCUUCCGUAGGUAAAAACCUGCACUUCUUUCUUUAGUUUAAAAAUAUAAUAUAAAGAAUUAUCCCACAUCUGCUCAAUACUUCAAUCACUACAUUUUAUUAGGUAAUCAACAACUUCAGUUACUCUUAACAAUGGGGUUGGGYGUGUUUUUAAUUAAUUUGUGAAAUAUUUGUUUUUAUUGGUUUAAUUGAGGUGGGAUGUUUUUAUUUUUACUGAUGGAGUUAUUUAUUGUUUAGGGGGACUACAGUUGAAAAUUAGCCCAAGGAUAAAUCUGGGGCAACAUAUUAAAUGUUUCAAUAGUUGGUAUUGUACACUGUCUUUAUUAGAUCAAGUUAAAUGAGCAAAAAUGUGUUUUCCUUGUUCAUCUCUAUUUUCUUUACUAACUUUAUUUCCACAUGUUUCAGACAUUUUAAAACAGAAUGUUCACUUCCUUUAAGACAGACACAUAAACAUGAUGUUUAUGUAAUGGAACUUUGUCAUCUAAAGUAUACUCMAAACCUGAAUUUGAUUUUGAAAUUGAUUCUUGAAUCUGAACUGGUUCUUGGUUGUUCUUCUCAAAAAAAAAAAUCUCCUGAAUUUUUUGUCUAAAAACAAUAAGGUAGCAUGACUUGGGUGUGUAAAAUUUCAUCUAAAUGAACCACCAGACUUCUAAGACAAUGUCUCUUGAACAGAYAUGGCCUAAGUAGAGAUGUUUACCCAUUGUGCACAGCUCCAUGUAAAGCAUUUCAACACAAACACCUCCUCCCAGCUGUCAACACGGUGGUGAAGGGCUGAUGGUUUGGGCUCUUUGCAGUAACUGAGUGGUCCAUGAACUCCUCUGUAAAUCAAAGUGUUCUAGAGUCAAAUGGAAGUCCAUCUGUCUGACAUUUGAAGUUUGGACCAAACAUGGGUCCAACAGACCAAAGAACCCAAACACAACAGCUGAUCCACAACAGAACGGGUCACAAAGAAAAGAAUCAAUGCRCUUCACUGGUCCAGUCAGAGUCCAGAGAACUGAAGAAAAUUUUCAUUAUAAUAACCACUGAUGGCCUUCAUCUCAGUGCUGAAGUAUCACUCUGUACUGUUUACAUGUAGAAGCCACAGUUUAAGGUCUUGUGUGUACUGUAUACUGAGUCAUUAGUACAGAAAAGUAUACAAAAAUUAAUAUUUUUACAUGAAUAAACAUAUUCUGCAUUUUGUGGAAA